UGAUUGGUGACGACGGCAAGCAAGCGUUUAUUUUGGCUCUGCUACUCAUUUGUCUCACUGUCGCCGCCAUUAAACAACACGGAGGCAAUGUAAACCAUGGAGUGACGCUGAUUUAUACCAUGAUUCAAGGACCGCAGAGGCUUUGCCAAGGUGUGGGUUAUUCUACGAGGGGUUAAUGUGUCCACGAAGGUAAACAUGUGAGAGACCAAAGGGGUCGAAAUAACUCGGAUUGGGAAAGGUUUGACAGAGUAGGAGGAGGGGAGGGUGGGGGGGGGCUGUACAAGAAGGGUUUGUUGUGGUUUUCAGCAGCACUUGAGAAACGAGCGCAUCCGCGAAACGAUCUAUCACCACAGUUUGACCAUCCAAAGUGAUCCACGAUGACGGAACAGAAGGUGAAGUGGGUCUGUGACUACUGCACCUAUGAAAACUGGCCAUCUGCAGUCAAGUGCACUAUGUGCCGCGCGCACAGGUCGAGGGGCCCCAUCAUCACAGAGGAACCUUACAAGAACAGCCCUGAUCUGGACCCCAGUCUGGAGUGGGACCCUCCCAGAACUGAGAGUGGCAGCAGCCUCCUGAUCUGCCCUGACUCCAGUGCUAGGCCAAGAGUCAGGUCAGCCAGCAUCGCUGAAAUUGCCAAUAAGUGGUCCUGCCAGAUAUGCACCUACCUUAACUGGCCCCGGGCCAUCCGUUGCACACAGUGCCUGUGUCAGCGCCCGAGGACCAGCAGCCCCACUGAGUCCCCCCAGACUUCAGGCUCCAAUGCAGGCUGCCGUCCUGCUCUCCACUCCCCCGUGGACACCUGUGAGGAGUACAAUGACAGAAACAGACUCAACACCCAUCAGCAGCACUGGACAUGCGCAGCUUGCACUUACCAGAACUGGCCCAAAACUACAAAGUGUGUGGUGUGCGACCACCCCAAGCCCAACAACCAGGAAGCCAUAGAGCUCGCAGAGUCCGCAGAGCCCACACCCACGAUCAAUGAGCAGGAUCGGGCUCGAUGGAGGAGCAGUUGCAGUGGAGGUCAGGGCCAAAGAAGGUCCCCUCCUAUGCCCAAGAGGGAAGACAAUGUCAAAAUGGACUUCCAGAGGAUAGAGCUCGCAGCUGGAGCCAUGAGCAGCAAAGAGGAGCAAGAGGUCGACUUCAAGAAGCUAAAGCAGAUUAGAAACCGGAUGAGGAAAACAGACUGGCUGUUCCUCAACGCGUGUGCUGGCGUGGUGGAGGGAGACCUGGCGGCAAUAGAAGCCUACAAAUCAUCCGGCGGGGACAUCGCCCGGCAGCUCACUGCUGACGAGGUGCAGCUCCUCAACCGGUCCUCUGCGUUUGAUGUAGGCUUCACCCUGGUCCAUCUGGCCAUCCGCUUCCAGAGGCAGGACAUGUUAGCUAUCCUGCUCACAGAGGUGAGCCAGCAGGCAGCUAAGUGCAUCCCCUCCAUGGUGUGUCCUGAACUGACGGAGCAGAUCCGCAGGGAAAUUGCAGCAUCACUACACCAACGCAAGGGAGACUUUGCCUGUUACUUCCUCACUGACCUGGUCACCUUCACCCUGCCUGCAGAUAUAGAGGACUUGCCGCCUGCUGUCCAAGAGAAGCUGUUUGAUGAAGUUUUAGAUCGAGAUGUGCAGAAAGAGUUGGAAGAGGAAUCUCCUGUCAUCAACUGGUCUCUAGAGCUGGGCACACGCCUGGACAGUCGUCUGUAUGCCUUGUGGAACCGCACAGCCGGAGACUGUCUGUUGGACUCUGUUCUACAGGCCACCUGGGGCAUCUACGACAAGGACUCUGUUCUCCGCAAGACCCUCCAUGACAGCCUGCAUGACUGCUCCCACUGGUUUUACACACGCUGGAAGGAGUGGGAGUCAUGGUACUCGCAGAGUUUUGGUUUGCAUUUCUCCCUGAGAGAGGAGCAGUGGCAGGAGGACUGGGCGUUCAUCCUGUCUUUGGCCAGCCAGCCCGGGGCCAGCCUGGAGCAGACCCACAUUUUUGUUCUCGCACACAUUCUUCGAAGACCGAUCAUAGUCUACGGAGUGAAAUACUACAAAAGUUUCCGUGGGGAAACGUUAGGAUACACUCGUUUUCAAGGAGUGUACCUGCCGCUGUUAUGGGAGCAGAGUUUCUGCUGGAAGAGCCCCAUCGCCCUGGGCUACACGCGGGGACACUUCUCGGCCCUGGUGGCCAUGGAGAACGACGGCUACGACAAUCGGGGUGCGGGCGCCAACCUCAAUACUGACGACGAUGUCACGGUCACUUUCUUGCCGCUGGUGGACAGCGAGAGGAAGCUGCUGCACAUUCACUUCCUGUCUGCACAAGAGAUGGGCAACGAGGAGCAGCAGGAGAAGCUGCUGAGGGAAUGGCUGGACUGCUGCGUGACAGAAGGAGGCAUGCUGGCAGCCAUGCAGAAGAGCUCCCGCCGCCGUAACCACCCCCUGGUCACCCAGAUGGUGGAGAAGUGGUUGGACAGAUAUCGCCAGAUCCGCCCCUGUGCCUCUCUGUCCGACGGCGAGGAAGAGGAGGACGAAGAUGAGUGAGCGAGCGGAGGUGGAGAAGAAAAAAGGAGCUCUUAAAAGACUGGACACUGUAGGCUCUGAGAGAGUACCUUACUAUCUACAUUUCUUUUUUUUUUUUUCCUUUCUCCAAAAUGUAAAUCUUUAACUUGUAAUAAUGCAUGUGUUCUGUGAGCUCUGUGAUAGAAAAAAAACCAGCACCAACAAACAGAAUCCUGAUUACUGCUCCUAUGAAAGCACAUCAAGUCCACUUAGUUUGCCUUCCUAUACGCAGAUUUCUCCUUAUUUGUUAUCAAAGUAAUUAUCUCAACCUGAGAGAAAUAGUAGGACAUGUAGGAAAAUAUACUCUAUUUAAGGAAAUCCCGAAGCUGCACUAGAUGAGAAAUUUCAUUUACAGAAUUGCCUGACAGAAAUUUUGCUUAAAACUGAGAGGAUGCUAAUCUGUGUGUGUGUGUGUGUAUGUUAAAGGUUUAAAGAGCACCUGUUUUCCUGAACGCUGAUCCCUCUGCAAACCCCCUUCUGAUGUUGGAUUUAUUUAUUUGUUUAGGAGAGUUAGCGCGCGGAGGCGAUCCCUUUUUGUUUGGCCCCGUUUUAUCUGUGUUCUGUUUGAUCCAUUCAGUCUUGAAGUAUUUUAUUUUGCACAGAUUAUACCUACAUUCUGUGAGGGGAGGGGAAAAAGGACGUACAAGUUUACUGACAUUUUUACGUGUGAUUUAGUAGCUCAUUGUCAUGUUAGAGUGGGUGGUGGUGAUGCUGGUGGGGAAAAGAGAAAACCAAACACUCUGCCUCUUUCUAUAGAGUGCAUUAAUAUUAAAUUUGACUCACUUGCAUCUUC